AUGUCCCUACCCCAACUUUACCGGAACCUGACCUUGACGUCCUACGAUAAAAUCCGAUACCGCGGAGAUGAGCCCGAGGGCAUGGGCAGCGCCAGCCCCUUCUCGAUGGGUCUCAACGCCGUCAUCACCCGUCCCUAUGCAUCCCUCGUGCGAUCGCUCACGCUGCGGGGUAAUUGGCGAGAACAGGAGCUGGAGGAGCACGCGCGGGUUGGCCGCGUCCCGGACUCGUCGAUGAUGCUCAAUAUUGCGGUUCGGGCGGCAGUCGAUAGGAUGCCGGACUUGGAGAGUUUCAGCUGGGAGCUCAGCACCAAGAUGCUGGAGACUGUAUACAUAGGGCUGACGCAGCUACCGAAGCUGACGUCGUUGACCGUGCGCUUUCCCUCGAGUCGUCACCCCCGACCCAUGAUCACCAUCCCCGGCAUGCCUCACCUACGCUAUCUCAAAAUCACCGAUAUCGAUCCCCUUUGCUACCCGGACGACGUGUCGACGCUGCUCUGGAAGUGCCGCAAACUGCGGGUUCUGAAACUGCACUGGUCCCCGCGCAUGAGGACGGCGCAGGAGCCCAGUGUCAUGCUUCACGAUUACUUUCGCAAAUGCAUCGCGGCGAAACAACCCCUCUCCAUCAGAACUAUGGGGCUACAGAACCUCUAUGCGCUUCAUACGGAAGACUUUCAACUCGCUUUCAAUUCGAACACGGUUGAAAACAUCACUAUACUGAAUAACAUCGGGACCGACGACAUCAAUUACAUGAAUACAUUUGUCGACAGCACAUGGCCGAACAAUCCACCCAAGAAUCAUAUGAAGAUCAAGAGCAUGCGACAGGACUCGACAUCGCGGAAACAUAUCGAUUUCCUGAAUUCCUUCACGGGGUUGGAGAAGUUAUACUUUGUCAACGCGACGACCAAUACACUGGAUGAUGUUAACUCCCCUCGACAAUUAACACCCGCCGCCUUGACGCCUCAAUCUGUGGACCAAGGCCGUUCUCAAGCUAAUGGUGAAGGCGCGGUUCCGACUCCCGAAUCCACGCAGUCCACUGUCCCCAGUAUGCAACCCAGUUUGCGAGACAGCUACCUCAACAUCAUCAUAACAAAUCAUUGCGCCUCGUUACGUCAUCUCUUGUUGCCUGCCCGGUGGCCGCUGUCAAGCUCCGCCAUCGCCCGCCUCGUCCACGCCUCGCCCAACCUCGAGCAACUGGCACUGGCCACCGAUUUCUCGAGCAUGGAGACCUUAGGGCUCAUCCUUCCGUUCCUGCGGAAUCUGACUGCUCUUCGUCUGUUGGUCCCGACCAACAGCGGAAGUAGUCAGCCCAACGGGAAAAUUGCGCCGUGCCACAUGCCCCGACCCCUGGCUGGUACCAACGUGUUUACCUCUGCGCGGAGCUUCACUGACAUCGUCGAGGCUGACGACCAGAUGCUGUGUGACAAGCUGAGCGAAUCGCUGGCCGACCAGCAGGUAUUCAGCCGGCUGAAGAUGUUCGGCAUGGGCCGCAAGGUCUUCCAACUUGGCGAAUACUACACGAUACCGUCCAGUGAGGCCAAUCCCGAGAAUCACGUCACACAAUGGCAAUCUCCCGUCACCGAGUCCAACGGUGAACCGGAGAAGACGCCGUCCAGCGUCCAGGACGACAGCGCCAGUCCCAGUGGCAUCCUCACACCUGCACUCGUCCCCUCCGUCAACAUCAACCGACCACAGCCGCAGCCGGCCCAGCAAUCCAAACCACCUCCACCUCCCGUCCUCGGCAAACGUAACCGAGACGAUACCCUGGUGCCCACGAAACCAAUGGACACCGAUCUCCCGGCCGGCGAUUCUUGGGACCCAUGCUAUUCCCAGCACUUGAACCCGGAAACGCGUCUCUGGCGACGACGCGUCCGUCGCGUGGGAUGGGAGGUCAUCAAGCACUGGGAGAUCUGGGAGAUGGACAAACAAGAGUUAUGA